AUGGCUACAGUAAGCACUACUGACGAUGUGUAUGAAUGGCAGCUCACUAAGAACACAGUCUGCGAGCGAAUCAAGCACAUGUACAGAAACCCGCUUAUGGCUGAUGUAUACUUCACUGUCGCAGAUGGGCAAAGUUCUUCUUGUAAAGUCAACAUCCCUUGUCACAAAUUUAUCCUGGCUGUCAGCAGCCCUGUUUUCUAUAAGAUGUUCUACGGUGACCUUAAAGAACCUUCUGAUUAUAUUGAUCUCCCUGACUGCGAUUCAGAGGGAUUUCUUGAGUUCUUACGUUUCUUCUAUUGCGACGAGGUCAAAUUGACAGGAGAUUGUGUUAUCCAAGUGCUCUACUUGGCCAAAAAGUACAUGAUUCCGUCGUUAGCAGACCGUUGUAGAAGCUUCUUAGAGAAAAAUAUCAACGCUAAAAAUGUCUUGGAUGUAUUGCCGGUUGUAGAAAAAAUGGAGGAGGCCCAUUUGAAUAGUGUUUGCUGGAAAGUUAUAGAUAAACUUACAUCGAAGGUCCUUGAAUCUGCCUCAGAUGCAAUUCUGGAAAGCAACACUCUUCUGGUUCCAAUAUUGAAGAGAGAUACUCUUAUUGUCCAGGAGGUGGAUGUUUUUCAAGCUGUGAAUCGCUGGGCAGAGACUAUUUGUGCAAAACAAGGAAAAACUCCUAGUGGAAAGGAAAAAAGGACAAUUAUUGGGGAAGAAAUUUUGAAGCUAAUACGUUUCCCUUCUAUGCCACAGAGUGUAUUUGCUGAAAAUGUUGUUGACACCAAAAUACUCACAGACACUGAGAUCAUUGAAAUAUUUAUGUACUUUAGCGUAAAUCGGAUUCCCAGAGAGUUUUCUUGCUUUCCAAGGUGUCUAAACCUUUUCAGUCUGCGAUGCUGCAAUAGACUCGAGGAUUCCUACUGUUGGAGUCGUUCGCCCGUUGUUUCUGACGAGUUUACUGAAUCCACCUCCUUCUCGGUCGAUAUUCCAAUUUUACUGGGAGGAAUUUUCAUCACUGGGAAACAAGAAAAGAAAUAUACAGUAAAACUAAAACUCAACGGUAAAUUUGUCUCAGAGGGUUGUUUCCUGGGCCAAUGGAGAUCGAACGGCAAAGAUGGUUUUCACAUUAUCUUUGAGCAAUACCACUUGGUAAAUCCCGAUACACCCUGCAUCCUUGAAGCGUCGAUCAAAGGAGAACGAUUUAGUUGUGGAAGACAAAGUAAGAAGAAGCUGGUUGCUGAGAAAGUUACAUUUCAAUUUGCUGGCCCAGCCAUCCAAAGUAUGGAUGAGGAUAUAUGCAUUACAGAAAUUCUUUUUAGACAUUUAAUGAGCACGUAA